AUGAUCCCUUUCCUUGCCUACCUCCUGCCUCUGAGCGGACCCCGCACCUGGCUGACACGGCACCAGGAAGAAAGACAGGGCAGAACGGGGGGGAGGGUGGACUCUGGAGGGGAGGGGAAGCAUCGCCGUAGGAGGAAGCGGAGUGUGUGCGCGCGUGCGUGUAUGGGUGGCGGGGAGCGUCCCUUCCCUCUCUGCCUCCCAAAACUGGGCCUGGAAGCCGUUGGCGUGUUGCCAUGGCUACGGAGCGGCAUCCUCCCAACCCACUCCCCUCCGCGGCCCUGGCAGUCCAAUAGGGGAAGCGGGAGACGCCGCGGGGAGUUGGGCGGGAGAGAGAGAGAGAGAGAGAGAGAGAGAGAGAGAAGACAGGGGGGGGGAGGGAAGGCGUGUCCGUGGCGGAAAGGGCGUGGCCCCGGCGCCGGAAGUGCCUGCAGGAGCCGCAGGGUGUGUAUCUCUGUGGUGAAAAGAGCGGAGCGGGCUGCCGCGCGCCGAGAGACGCCUCAUUCCUCCCGGGGGACGACGACUCUUUUCGGAGGCCUGUGAGCCGCCUUCUCCUCCGCCUUAGCCGUCAGGUGAGCCGGAAUCCCCUCCCCCACCCGGGCCCGAGUCGCGCGUGCAGCCGCCCUUCCCCGCCCCCACGCGCAGCGGAGCGGGGGGGGGGAGAGAAAGAGGGCAGAGCCGAGGUCUCCCCCGCCCCUCCCUCCGUCCCCUCUUCCUUCCCUUCCCCGGCUGCUUUCGGAAGCGAGGACGGGGCUGCCUCCGGCUCGGCUCUUCCGGAGAGAGGCCUGAGGAAGGCCGCGGAACCGCCGCCGCCUUUCGGUCCUGAGGCGACACCCCACCUACGCGGCGGACUGAGGGCACGGGCAGCAGCCCCUCCUUGACAGCGGGGCUCUCGCCUCUCCCCCCCCCGCCCCCUUUUCCGCUCCAGGGUCUCCGCCCGGUGGCGUCACCUCGCCUGCCAGCGGCCCCGCCCUGGCUGAGUCACCAGCUUCUGCCCGGGGCUGGGCGGGCUCACCUGUCCGGAACGAGCCAGAGGUGGGGCUGCUCGCUUUUUUAGCCGCGCUUCUGGCGAAAGGGCCUCCACCACCACCCCGGCUCCCGCAGGGUUCAGGUCGCCCUUGCCGCCAGGGGAGUGGGCGGGGUGCUCCUCCCCUUUUUUUAA